GGGAGCUGGGGAGGAAGAGCGCAGAAGCGGCGAACUUAGCAGGUAGACAGCGCAUGAGAUGGGAGAGGAGAGGAAGGCGGCUGUGAGAGCACAGAAUCACUGCAGAGAAUGAGACAGACGAGGCAGUGUCCAUUCCACACCAUUUCUCUGCUUCUUUGCGCCACUGACCCGGGAAGACGGAGACGAUGAAUGGGGGCUGUGAGCCUCCCCCCCCUCUAGGGGAGAGGGUUAGACGAACGAGGGGUCCCCGGGAAAUGGAAGGGACCCAGCAAGAUGAAACAGACACCAACAGCCACGGCUCCAGCGGCAACGAGUCCAAUGGCAACGAGUCUCGGCAAAGUCGCAGUUCUCACAGCAGCACCAGCGGCAACGGGAAGGACUCGGCCAUGCUGGAAGCCACCGAGAGCAGCAAGAGUACAAACUCUCACAGUCCAUCUCCGCCGAGCAGCUCUAUUGCCUACAGUCUGCUGAGUGCCAGCUCCGAGCAGGACAAUCCUUCCACCAGUGGCUGCAGUAGUGACCAGUCUGCAAGGGAGAAAAGCCAGAAAGAGUUGAUGAAGGCCCUGAAAGAGCUUAAGAUUCGCCUCCCAUCGGAGAAGCGGCUGAAAGGCAAAUCUGGCACCCUGGCAACCCUGCAGUAUGCCCUUUCCUGCGUCAAACAAGUACGAGCUAACCAGGAGUAUUACCAGCAGUGGACUAUCGAUGACUCCCAGCCAUGUUGCCUGGACAUGUCCAGUUACACCAUCGAGGAGGUGGAGAGCGUGACCUCGGAGUAUACCCUAAAAAAUCCCGAUACAUUCUCUGUGGCAGUCUCAUUCAUCAGUGGUCGAAUUGUGUACAUCUCAGACCAGGCUUCUCUCAUCCUGCAUUGCAAAAAGGAGGUGUUCAAGGGGGCCACAUUCGCUGAGUUUCUUGCUCCACAGGAUGUCAGUGUCUUCUAUGGAUCUACAGCCCCAUAUCAUCUCCCUUCCUGGAGCAGCUGCACCUCUGGGGAUACUGCAUCAAUGGACUACACGCAAGAGAAAUCUGUCUUCUGUCGGAUCAGUGGGGGCCGAGAGCGGGAUAUGAACAUCCGCUAUCACCCUUUCCGCCUCACACCUUACCUGAUGAAGGUGCGAGACACAGACAAUGCCGAGGGCCAGCCCUGCUGUCUUCUGAUUGCAGAGAAGAUCCAUUCCGGAUAUGAGGCCCCAAGGAUCCCUCCGGAUAAACGGAUCUUCACUACCAGGCAUACCCCGAGCUGUGUGUUCCAGGAGGUGGACGAGAGAGCCGUUCCCCUCCUCGGGUACCUGCCCCAGGAUCUCAUCGGAAUGCCGGUUCUGUUAUUUAUUCAUCCAGAGGAUCGACCUCUCAUGCUGGCAAUUCACAAGAAAGUUCUUCAGCAGGCAGGGCAGCCAUUCGACCACUCUCCCAUACGUCUGUGUGCCCGGUCUGGCGAAUACGUGACCAUCGAUACCAGCUGGAGCAGCUUUGUAAAUCCCUGGAGCAGGAAGGUGUCGUUUAUACUGGGGAGGCACAAAGUCCGCACGAGUCCUCUCAGUGAAGAUGUAUUUACUGCCCCAAAGGGGGCAGAGCUUAAGCCUCUGGACUUUGAUACUCAGGAGCUGUCAGAGCAGAUCCAUCGGAUACUUUUACAGCCGGUGCACAGUACAGCCGGGGGCAAUGGCAGCGGGGGCAGUAACAUUUCCCAGGAGCCAUUUCACUGCAAUGCCUCUUCUAGUGACAGCAAUGCCAUGGUGACCGAGGAAGGCGCAGACCGCAAACCUAUGACAUUCCAAGAGUUCUGUCAGAACGUGAAUAUGGUGAAGAACCAGGGGCAGCAGGUGUUUCUGGGAUCCCGCAGUAUGCGCACACCGCAGAGGGGGCCGUUCCAAGCUCUACCGCCCCCUAGGCCUGUUGCCCCACAAGGCACUGACAGUACCCCAUCAGAGCCUCUGCCUCCCAGAAUCCCCUGCCUUGGAGAUGAGCUUGGGCGGAAAGAGAGCACCAACUAUUCCUAUCAACAGAUCAACUGUCUGGACAGCAUAGUCCGGUACCUAGAGAGCUGCAAUCUCCCCAGCACAGUGAAGCGUAAGUGCGGCUCUUCUUCUUACACUUCGUCCACCUCGGAGGAGGAGAAGCAGAGGACGGGGGAGAUGGAUAAGGAAGACACUACUGGGGGCAGAGUUCAUCAGCAGGAAUUACCUCCCCCACCUACCCCCACUGCUGUUGGUGCUGCCCCACUUGCCCCUUUGCCCCCGCUACCCCCCAGUAAGGCCGAGAGUGUGGUGUCCAUCACCAGCCAGGGCAGCUUCAGCAGCACCAUCGUCCAUGUUGGGGACAAGAAGCCCCCUGACUCAGAGAUGGUCCUAAUGGAGGAUUCCCCGUGCCCUGCAGCUCCGGCCCCCCCUCCUCGCCCGUUGGGUCUGACCAAGGAGGUUCUCUCAGCGCACACUCAGAGGGAGGAGCAAGCCUUCCUCACACGAGUACACAACCUCAGCCAGCUCCGAGUGUUUGAUCCGCCCCCCGCCGGGGCCUGGGAGGAGCACAACCAGCGUCCUCACCGAGGUGCAAAGCCUCCGCGUGCCCCCCAGCACCACCAUGCCGCCUCCAGCAAUCCUCUGUCGCCAUCCAAGGGAGAAUCACGCGCAGGGGGUGGCCGGGGCAAGAGUGGCAAAUCAAAAGCCAAGCGCCCUAAGCAAGGCAAAUCCCCCUCCUCCAGCUCCAUGCAAACGCACAACCUCCUAGAUGCCAACCUUCUACCUCCCCCUCCUCCCGUUAUUCCUGGAUACCCCCUGCCCAUGUACCCCCCACGGGCUCCUGACCCCACCCCAGCUGUCCCCAGAUACCCACUCGUCACUCCUAUUGUAGCUUUAGUGCUGCCCAACUACCUCUUCCAGCCUCCUCCAGUUGCACCUCCUUUCUACCCUGGGGUUAAUGGGUUUCCUCCUUUUGCCCCUUCUACUGAGACCCCGCCUGCUGCACCUGAAGCCCCUCCUCCGGCUCCUCCUCCUCCAGCUCCUGCUGCACCUUGUGCUCCACCUUCCCGCUCCUCUUCCCCUCCCCAUCGCCUCUUCCCGUCUCGUUGCAGCUCCCCCCUGCAGCUUGACCUGCUGCAGAUGGAGGAAUUGCCUCAACCCGGGGCAGGAGGAGGGGGGGAGUGGGAGCUGGAAGAAGAAGUUAAGGGAGGUAAAGGAGGAGCAGCACCCGGGACAUCUGUAGGCGGAGGCGGAACCAACACAGGAACAGGAAAUGCAGAAGAGAACAGCCCGGCGGAGAACUGCAUGGGCGACCCCCACGAGUCCUCCUCCCACAACGACGCACUCUCCAGCUCCAGCGACCUAUUAGAUCUGCUCCUGCAGGAGGAUUCGUGCUCCGGAACAGGGUCCGCUGCCUCCGGCUCCAUGGGAUCCAACGGGGGGAGCACCUCCGCCUGUGGCACAAGAAGCAGCGAGAGCAGCAACACCAGCAAGUACUUCGGGAGCAUCGACUCCUCGGAGGGGGACUUGCGAGGAAAGAAGUCGGAGAGGGACGAGGCGGAGAGGAAAGUGAUCCGAUACGUCAUGCAGGACCCCCUCUGGCUCCUAAUGGCCAACGCCGACCACGACGUGAUGAUGUCAUACCAGCUCCCACCCAGGGAUAUGGAGCGCGUCCUGCAGGAAGAUAGAGAGAAGCUCAGGCAGCUCCAGAGGCACCAACCGAAAUUCAGCGAGGAGCAGAAGAGGGAGUUGGGGGAGGUGCACAGCUGGGUGAGGAGAGGCCGCCUACCCCAUGUCAUCAACAUCACCUCUUGCACGGGCUGCUCCCCCGACGGCCCCCCAUACGAUGAGGAUCUAGACUUGUCCAUAAUGAUGGAAGAGGGAGGGGACUGUGCGGCGGUAGGAGAGGAGGGUGGCGGAGAGGCGACAAGUGGAUGAAACGGCAAGUCCCAAGCUGCCUUAUGUAUAUUUACCCAUAAGCCCCCCUGUGCGGGGGGAACGGAUAAACGAACUGCCGGAGUUACCCCGCCGGGGCACUGUGGGGGGCGGAUGAAUGUGACUACUCCAGCCCAUAGGAAUGCCCGCCAAUAGGGACUAAUGCUUGGGCUUGUCAAAAUGGCUGCCCCCGGGAAGCGACUCCAUCUUGUGUCUGUCAGCGUGGGACUCGCAGCCGCGCAGCUGGCAAUCGGCGUAACGCGGGAAUGGGAACCGAGAGGAAGACGGAUUUUGUCUCUAUUUUUGUAACUGUCUAAUUUAUGGCCUUUUGUCUGAAUUCCGGGAGUGCGGCCUUUGUGCCUCGAACUCCUCUAUUUAUACUGUUUGUGUCAACUGUAAAUAAAAUAAUGUUUUUUUUAAUUA